AGGAGGGAGAGAAAGGCAGAGAAAGAGUGGGAGAGGGAGGUAGUGUAUUAGCUAUCCGAAGGGAGGAGUCACGCGAAGGAGAGAGAGCAGCUGGAGUUCCAGACUUCAGCUCCCUCGGCUCGAGAAAAGUACACUUAACGCCGCUACGAUAGUCUUUGUCGAGGCAAACACUUCAGGCGUUAUUAUUUUUCCACAAUUGCACCCUGAAGCCAGCAGGUAUGUAGAUAGUGCCAGGAUGUUUAGAUUGGUUUAGACUUUGUUGAGUCCAACCAAGUGUAAAGAAAACGGAGGAAGAGCGAAGAAGGCAGAACUCUGGCACGGCAACUCUGGAGUUUCAACUCAAGCCACAACUUCUGAGCGCCAGACGCACAUCUGCAACAAGCGAGAAAAUACUUCACUUUCGAGGAGAAGAGGAAAGAAAAACUUCACAACUGGAGGGAAAACCAUCUUCGCACACGUGUUCCCGUCUUGAUGUGGUGCUGAGGAAUGCACAGUUGCCAUGGAAACCCAGUCCCAGGCCAGUUCUGCAGCUGAGAAGAAGAAAAGGGUGGAGACCAUCGUGGCGACCAAGAGCGCGUCCGUACGCAGUGACAUCAGCGAGAAGGCUGUCGCCUCCAGCACCACCUCCAACGAAGAUGAGAGUUCUGUGCCGACGUACCACCACCGCGAGCGGCGCAAUGCCCUCAGCGCCCACAACCCUGCGGCGGGCACCGCCUCGGGCAAGCUGAGCGAGGAGCCAUCCACCUCCACGGAGGAGCGCCCCCACCUGGUCAAGAAGGAGCUGCACAGCUCGCUGCCCCACCUGGCUGACCACGCCCUGCCCUACCGUGGGACGCUCUUCGCCAUGGACCCCCGCAACGGUUACUUGGACCACCCUUACGCCCCUCCUCAAUUUUUCCCAGCCUUCCAUCCUCCAGUGCCCAUCGAUGACAGACACACGCAAGGUCGCUAUAUCUACGAGCACUCUCCUGUUCCCCCUCUACACGUGCCUCCUGUGCUGGCGGGCAGCCCGGCGUUCUCCGACAUCUCCCUCAUCCGCAUCUCGCCCCACCGGAACCCGUCAGUGGGGGCCGACUCUCCCUUCAACCCUCCCCACCCCUACAUCAACCCCUACAUGGAGUACAUCCGCUCGCUGCCCGGCAGCCCCUCGCUCUCCAUGAUCUCAGCCGCCAGGGGCCUCAGCCCCGCAGAUGCCCCCCACACAGGCCUGACCACAGCGGAGUACUACCACCAUAUGGCGCUCCUUGCGGGCCACCGUAGCCCGUAUGCUGACAUCAUCCCCUCCGUGGCCUCCACUGCUGGAGCAGGAAGCAACGCGUUGCACAUGGACUACCUGCAAGCUGUUGAGGGCUCUCGUUUCUCCAGUCCGCGGGUCCCCCAGAGGCCCAGGAAGCGUGCCCUGCCCAUCUCCCCGCUCUCUGACCCCGGCUUCGACCUGCAGACCAUGAUCCGCACCUCCCCCAACUCCCUGGUCACCAUCCUCAACAACUCCCGCUCCAGCUCCUCCACCAGCGGCUCCUACGGACACCUCUCUGCCGGGGCCAUCAGUCCUGCGCUGAGCUUCGCCUACCCACCCACCCCAGUGGCGCUGCAGAUGCACCAGCAGCUGAUUGGCCGGCAGCCAGGCCUCGUGAGCUCGGCGUUCGGGCACAGCCCGCCCCUCAUCCACCCCUCGCCCGCCUUCGCCACCCAGCGCCCGGUGCCUGGCAUCCCCUCCGCUGGCUUGGCACCCAGCGAGAGAUCCGUGGCCUCUAGUGAAGCCCAGAGUAAGCCCACCAGCGAGUCUGCGGUGAGCAGCACGGGAGACCCCAUGAUGCACCACAAGCGCUCCAAACUCAAGCCUGACGAGGAGCCGCCCAGCCCAGGGGCAGGUAGCGUCCAGGAGCAGCCGGAUGGAAUGACGCUGGUGAAAGAAGAGGGGGACAAAGACGAGGGCAAGCAGGAGCCGGAGGUGGUGUACGAGACCAACUGCCACUGGGAGGGAUGCUGCCGCGAGUUUGACACCCAGGAACAACUGGUGCAUCACAUUAAUAAUGACCACAUCCACGGGGAGAAGAAGGAGUUUGUUUGCCGCUGGGUGGACUGUUCCCGGGAGCAGAAGCCCUUCAAAGCCCAGUACAUGCUUGUAGUUCACAUGAGACGGCACACUGGAGAGAAGCCUCACAAGUGCACCUUUGAGGGCUGCGCUAAAGCCUACUCCCGCCUGGAGAACCUGAAGACCCACCUGCGCUCACACACUGGAGAGAAGCCAUAUGUGUGUGAGCAUGAGGGUUGCAACAAAGCUUUCUCCAACGCCUCCGACCGUGCCAAACACCAGAACCGCACACACUCCAAUGAGAAACCGUACGUGUGUAAGAUCCCUGGCUGCACUAAGCGCUACACGGACCCCAGCUCGCUACGGAAACACGUGAAGACCGUGCACGGCCCCGAGGCCCACGUCACCAAGAAGCAGCGCGGCGACGCCUACCCCCGGCCUCCACCUCAGCCUCGAGAGCCGGGCAGCAACGGCCAGGGCAGGUCGCCGGGGCAACUGGGGUUUGCAGACCAAAGGGACUACAACCAUGCUACCUCGAAACAGGACGAAUGUCUGCAGGUCAAGUCUAUCAAGUCGGAGAAGCCCAUGACGUCUCAGCCAAGCCCUGGCGGUCAGUCUGCAUGCGGCGGUGAGCAGUCCCCCGGCGGCGGCCCUCCCGGCCGUGGAGUCCAGCUUGUUGUGAGCGCCGUGCGGCUGCAGGGGGAGGGGGAGCGUGCCCGGGGGGACGAGGAAGACGAGGAGGAGGAGGAGGGGGACCAGAACCAGGCCCUCAUCAUGGACGCCACGGUGUCCACGGCAACGCUGGCACUGCAGGCUCGGCGCAGCGUGGGCCGGCCGCUCCGCUGGAUGGAGCAGGUGAAGAUGGAGCGGCUCCGGCAGGUGAACGCCGCCCCGGCCGGCCUGGCGCACCUAUCCCCCAUGCCCCCAGUCAAAGGCCACAGCCUGCCCACCAUCCUGGGGAAGGGUUCGUGCCUGGGCCACGGUGAUUACCGAGGGGUCACUCUACCCCAGCCUGCCAUCUGUCCCGAGACGUGCGGGACGGAGCUGACGGUGCUCAGCCUGCUGGGCAAGGGGCGGCGGGACAGCAACGAGAGCGCGGCCAGCACGGGCUACCUGACCUGCAGCCGCCGCUCCUCCGGCAUCUCGCCCUGCUUCUCCAGCCGCCGCUCCAGCCAGGCCUCGCAGUCGGAGGUGAACACCCACCGCUGCCGCCACAACCUGAGCUCCACCGACUCCUACGACCCCAUCUCCACCGACGCCUCGCGCCGCUCCAGUGAGGCCAGCCAUCACGGCGGCGGGAGUAGCAUGGGCGGAGGAGCCAUGCCUGGGGUCGGAUGGGGUGUCGGAGGAGGAGGAGGAGGAGACGGGGGCGGGGGAGGUCACAGGGGUUCGGGAGGAGGUGGUGGGUCCAGAGGAGGAGGUGUUCUGAGCCUCACGCCGGCGCAGCACUACCACCUAAAGGCCAAGUAUGCCGCCGCCACGGGUGGACCUCCCCCGACGCCACUGCCCAACAUGGAGCCCGCGAGCCUGCGCUCCCGCAUGCCUCUGAUGGGAGACGCACAGGAUGGGAGCAACCCUCCACUGCCCCCGCUGGUCAGACCGCGCCGCUGCAGCGAUGGAAGUGCCAAUGGUUACAGCACGCAUAAUAGCUACCGCCACAGGGGGCUCUACCCAGGGGAGGGCAUGCUGAGCACCAACAGACGAGCCAGCGACCCCGUACGGACUGUGCACACGCAGGACCCCGACGGCGGCCUGCAUCAGAUGCUGCACUUCAGCAGCCUCAACAACAUGCACCCCUUACCGCCCCUCUCCAACCAGCACAUCCACCAGGGAGAGGCCAGACACGUGAGUCUGCACCACCACCACCACACUCGCUCCGAAGGGAACCUGCAGCGCAGCCUGCACUCCCCGUGUCCCCCCAGAAUAGAGGAGCAUUCGGCGCUGGAGGACCUGGCCAUGGAGGACGACGGAGGCCUGCUGCUGGGAUAUGAAGACAUGCUACCCGAUGACCUAUUGCAGUACAUUCGCUCCCAGGAGCAAGAGGCUUUGUAUCGGCAGUCGCAGAACCACAACGGGGACCUCCACCUUCCUCAUAAUAAUGGCACCGGGGGUGACGUAGACCUUCUCCAGGUGAACCCAGCGGGUCAGCAGCAGCAGCAGGCCGCAGAAGGAGAGGGCAUCGGCGGCGACGAGCAGCCCAUCCAGUGGAAUGAGGUGAGCUCAGGGAGCGCACACCUGUCCCCCGCCAGGCAGCAGCCGGCCCAGCAGCCCUGCGGAAGGUGGUCGGAGCGCGGCGUGGUGGCCGGCCGGAGUCCGUUUGGCCAGUUUGGCAACAUGGUGGUGCAGCAGCAGCAGCAGUCUCAGCUCCCUGCUGAUCUCUUCGCUCAGCCCCGAGGGGGUGACACGGGGUCGGCGAAUCCCAUCAACAGCUACAGGUAUCCAAUCUGUAGUCUGAGUUCCUCCCGCAGGUCCUCCGCGUCCAGGCUCCCUCAGCUCCAGGCAUGCCAGUUGAACGCCGGCGUCAAGUCCGAGUCAUCAAACGCGUCCUGUCUAGAGAGCCGGAGGAACAGCUCGAGCACGCAGGUCUUCGGAAGAGCGCCUGACUUCUCCCAGAUUUCCCUUGGUCCAAUCCGGCAGAGCUGUGGACAGCAGCAGCAGCAACAGCAGCACUUCCAGCCCAGUCAGCCCGCGGCACAGCUGAUCGGGAACAACCUGCUUCUCCAGAGGUCCUCUCAGGAUGGCCUCUCUCACGGGUCACUGCUGCGUCCACACCCACCCGCGAGUCUCCAACCAAACGGCAGCAGCUGUAGAAGCUCCACCAGACCCCAGCAGCACCUGACCGGUGGUAAUCACGUCGGCUCCUGCCAGCAGCAGCCGCAGCACAGCUCCAGAAAUGGCAGCACGGCACACUGCUCACUGGCUGGACACAUCUCCGGACUGAAGAUAGAAGCUCAGGACCAGGCCAGCUCCUGCUCUUCACUGCAGCAGCAGCAGCAGCAGCAACGACAAGCAGGCUUCUUCCAGCCAGGGUUUGGAGACUGUAGAGAGGCCUUUGACCCGUCUGAGGCCAAGCCGCUGUCCUUGCCCAGCACAGAGGAACGGGAGCGGUGCCUGAUAGAGACCCAAGCAUCUCCGCCCGGGGCUCAAUCAGACGCUCCCUCUGCCCCUCUCCUGUCCCCCGGAGCGGACCAGGUGACCAGCACGGUGGACGGUAGCCCCAGCUGCGAGGUCCUUGACAACGUGGGCCUGGACUUCACCCCCAUCCUGGAGGACAACUUCGACCAAGGCAGCCUGGUGUCGGACGUCAUCAGUGCCAGCGUGUUCCAGGGCAUGUCGCGGACCUCCUCUCGCCUCACCACCCCUCGUGCCUCAGCCGCCUUCGCCAGUGUGCCCUCCGGGGUGAACAACAUGGCCAUCGGCGACAUGAGCUCACUCCUCUCCACCCUCGCCCAAGAGAGCCGCUUCCUGGCGAUCAUGCAGUAGCUCUCUCUCUCUCUCCGUCACUCUCUCACUCUCUCGCUCUCUCUCUCUUUCUCUCUCUCCCUCCCCCCUAAGCCCCCUUAUGUGGCCACACGUGGAAGGAAUUGCUUUAAAAGGUGAAAUUAAAAGGGACAUAAUCUUAUAAAAAUAAACAUUUUUAAAAAUAAGAAUAACGCAGAGGAAGAAAGUUGAUGUUUUUUAUUGACUGUUGGUUUAUGAAAGGAUGUUAACACCAAGUGUUGGUCAAGCAGAUGUAAGUUCUGUCUAUUCCACAUAGCAGCAGAGAUAUGCCAAACGUAUAUAAGGAUAUAUAAAUAUAUAUUCCAUUUGUGGAAUGAAGGCUAUUUUUUAAGCCCUUUUAUAAAACUAUCUCUUGAUAAUGAUGAUUGGAGGCCUCGUCUUUCACUCAUCACUUUGAAACAGUAUUCCGUGUGUUGUCUUUAUUUUUAUUUUUAUUUUUUUUCUAUUUGUGUUUCUUUUCGUUUGUUUGUUUACUGUAUCUUUUCCGUUCUUUUUGCUGUACACUGUUGAUAUAAAUGCAUGUUGCUCACAUGGUGAAAUGUACACACUGUCUUUUUAAGUGCGUAGGCUAGCUCAUGUGCCAAUGUAACUUGAGAGAACCAUGACUUGUAGUAUACACAUGGUGCAACCACACUGAAUCCAGAACUUUGACCCCCCCACCCCGACCCCUUCCCACCAUCAGCAGGUCAACACAGGGUCGAAUAUCACAACAUGCAGGCGCUUAGGUCACAUUUUUAUACGGUAUUUACAUUUUUUUUUUUACAUUGUUGUUUUAGUACUUUUUAUGUUUGCGCAAUACGUAAAAGAUUGUGUUUUUAGUGAUUUUACAAGCCUCGCCAAGUGGUGUGCUUGUGUGUGAGUGUGCAUACUUGAGCAAGUGUUCCAGUAACGUAUUGAGUCCAAAUAUGUAGGGCCAUUUUGACGUCAAAGGUACUCUUAGAAGCGUUUUGGUCAAUUGUGUAUUACUUGAUUUAUCACUUUUUUUGUAUGUACUCACCUGUAUAUAUCACUUUUGAUCUUUUCUCACAUUGUAAAAAAAAAAAAAAUCAUGCUUACUAUUUCUGAUAUCAGGACCAUCGUUGUACAUCAUCAGAAAUAUCUUCUAGAGACUUGGGGAGAGUGUGCUCUGUGUUUGACCCACAGGGCAGGGCAGGGCGCAUCAGGAAGAGGAACAGGUGGCAUGACUGCACAUCAACAGACGGCACUGUCACGGCCCAUGUACAAGAUGUCAUGUGAUUCCAGCCAGGAGUGUUAUUGGAUCAUGAUGUUGAUUUCUUUGUCACCAUUUCCUUCAUAUUGGUAGUUUAUGAUUUAGCUGUUGUGACUAGCGACAUGAGACAGAUUUUAGGACUCUCCUGCUCCUGUAACCUCUUUCAUGGUACUAACAUCCCACAGAUUUCUUUGUAGGCCCGAAAAUGUUCAGUUUUGUAUACCACAAUGAGAGAUUUAUUAACAGUAUUAUCAUUGAUCUAUAUCGUUUUUGUGUACAGUCUUCAGCACCAUCCUGUAGCAAAUUACUGUAGGUACUGUCUGCCAGAUUGGCUGUGUUCUUUUACAGUCUGAUAGUCGGAGUCAUUUGUUUUGUAGAUGUGUAACAGUGUGUCAUGAUAUUGUUGUUUUGAAAAUGGUAUGGCCCACCCCCAACGGAGAGGUUUUGAGGGUGGGUGUAAGGUAUGUGCCUUAUCUCAACCUGUUCAAAUUAGAAAACGUACACAAAAAAAACUAAACAAAAAACAGAUCACUGCCACUCUUCCAUAGUGAGUUCUUAUAUAAAAAAUGAUAUACUGUAUGCGUUACGUAUUUUCUUUUUCGCUUUUCAGAGCAAGAGUUAUUUGUUCAAAGAUUUUAGGAAAACAGUGAAUUCUCUGACUCUCUGUGUGUGUGUGUGCGUGUGUGUGUGUGUGUGUGAGUGUGUGUGUGUGUGUGUGUGUCAGGAGAAUAUGACACAUAAGAUCCAUUUUAUUAGAAAAAAGAAAACAUCAACUAAAAACAUUUUAAAAUGUUGUUUAAAAACUUUGAGUUAUCACAUUUCUUGCCUUUUCGAUUUGAUUGUUUUUUUAUACUUGUAAAUAUAUAACCGUUCUGUAGGUUUAGCUCAGACUUGAGGAGGCACCAUGGGCCAAAAAGAGGAAAAAUGAAAAGUGACAACAACAAAAAAAACAAAAAACAGGGAUCCAGGGCCCAGGUCCGUGUUGAGAAUGGCGAGAAAAGAUAGCACAUCCAUAUUGCCAACAGGGCCCUGAUGAUCUUUUCUAACUGACCACAAAUGUUUGUAUGGUUUUAAUAAAAAAGGAAAUUAUAUCUGAAA